CACCCUCAUCAGCUAUGCUGACGAUUGCAGAGGUCUAGCCUCAUUUCUUUGCGCGACGGAGUGAGCCAGAGCUGAAACAUGCGAUCCAGUGAUGCCAAUGAGAUAUCCGCCACCUCGUAAGCGAAUAACACCCAUGUUCGGCGAUAGUAUUCAUCUUCCUGGCACAUCCUGGACAGAUGAUCAGGACUUGCCGGACCUUCUGUCGGAAUACAGCACGGGAGGGACAGUGUGUGAUGACUUUGUCCGUGAUAGGUACAAUAUGAAGCCACCAGCUAUUUGGUGAGUGGAAAGCGUCCAGUCACGUCCAUGGCGGUCAUGAUCUCUUGCCUGGUAGAAAAUUCGGACACGCUGUAAACUGCUGGAGCGCGUCGAGCAUCAUUUCCAGCUGCUGAUAUCCCGCUAUUUUUUGGCGUGGCCAUUGGCACUACCGUUGGCGCUUCCAUUGAGUUUGCGAGCUUUGGAUUCCCGAUAUUUGGCAAUGUCCUGCUCCACCAUCUUCUCCACACGGCUCCUGAGUUCCGGUCUGUAUCCCAGUGCAAAGAGCAGCUCGAGCCAGACAAAAAGCGGUGCGAGAAAAAAUGCUUGGAAAAUGUUAUCGAGGAGGGCUGGGGCUCGGCCUUCAAAAAGCCCGUGACCUAGAAACUGUGCGAUCCACGAGGCAACGAACGCCCCCAUGGCACAGUAGUUUGCGGCCAUUCCGUAGACAGUGGUCAGGUGUUUUGCAUACGCAGUUCCCACCAGGAGCAAUGCCGAGAGUGCGGUUCCGGCGAUGGGCUCUAGCAGGAUGUACAACCCACAGUAACACAAGCAGCAUAUCGUCCCAACGUUGAGAUCGAGGUUAGGCACGGUCAUGGACUCGGGGAGUUUCAGCAGAGGCGGGGAAUUCGUGCCCUGGUCAGGUAUAGUUAAGUUGCGUGGUCUCGCACUCGAACGGGGACGCUCUCAUACCAGAAGGAAGAAAGUCCAGAGGAUGAUCGGGACGCCGAGCAUGUGGAUGCCGAUGUUGACCUAGCACUUAUGAGCAUUCAAGCCUCCUCCUUCAACGUGUGUUUACUGGGUAGGUACCGAGUCAUGGUGGUAUGCGCCAUACUACAGCCAAUGCAGUCAGCAGGAUGAUCCGGUGAGGAUCCGGAUACUGAACGGUUGACUUACGAAGCGCAGUUGCUUCUCCAGGUUGAGGGCCAUGACGGGAGGGGCUGUAGGCUGCGAUGUUUACAAAAACAAGCCGAAGAAGACAAUCAUCGAAGCAAAGUCAGGGGCAUUUGCGAGCUCAUGCACGAGUCGGGCAGACGAGCUGAGAGGAACACAAGAGUCGUGGAUAGAACGAUCCGAGCAUGUCACCUUCUACCGUGCUAAUAGACUGCGCACGACACUGACCCUGCAGUUCAGCCUCCAUGUCAUGUCACCGGCACUGGCAUUGGCGCCGCAUCUCUCAAUAUCCCAAAUGCUACUGGUCACCGGCGGGCGCGGUGCCCAUUCUUCCCCGGGACUCGAAACUCGCCGGUUACCAUGGCGCAUCCCGGCCUAUGCUUCGCCGGAUUUGACAAGGUGCGAGGUACAGCGCACCGUAGUUAUAGCGGCGCGACCACAUGCCUCAUUGAGCAAAAAGGAUAUGGCACACUGGCACUGCAGUCGAGUAUGAACUGCAUCUUCGCCUCGAAGCCGUGUCGUUCAAGUUGGGCAUUUCGAAACCCUCACCUACGACCUCAGUUCGUCCUUGCCCUCGCCCUCUGCCUGCUCCAUUCGCGACUGCGACGAACCGUCUUGAGUUCGCUACUUUCGUUCGGUCUUAUCCCACUGCACCAGCAUAGUUAACGAAAUACAUCAUACUGUGCACGUCCAAAGAGAAUGAAUAGCGGUUCAUAACAAGCCAUUGUCCUGGCAUCGUCGUGCGAUUGACGAGGCGACACCGCCGGCCGCGAAUCCUCAACAUGUUUUUCUUGCGGUAUCUCGAACGUGAGAUCAGUAUCCAUCCAUCGUUCUUUGGGAAUAGUGUUCACGAGCGACUGAAGGAUCAACUUUAUGCGGACCUGGAGGGCAGUUGCAAUGGCGAAUAUUACAUCGUGUGCAUAAUGGAUAUCUACAAUAUCUCCGCUGGACGGGUGAGGCCGGGCUCUGGAGACGCGCAUUUCACUAUUCUCUACCGCGCAAUCCUGUGGAAGCCCUUCAAAGGCGAGACGAUUGAUUGCGCAGUUUCCUCCAUCAAACCUCAGGGCGUGUUUUGUGAAGCGGGACCUCUGACAGUCUUUGUGUCCAAGUUGCACCUGCCACCAGACAUGCGCCACAACCCGGAUGCGACGCCUCCGCAGUAUUCUAACAAUGCGGGCGAUGUGAUCGAGAAAGGUUCGGCGGUGAGAGUCCAGCUCAUUGGCUUGCGUAGUGACGUGGGCAACAUGUACGCGAUCGGAAAGAUGUCGUCGCAAUGGUUCGGCCCUAUCUGAGCAAGCCGGUUGAUGAGCUUUUGCCGGCUUACGAGUUGGACGACGUUCGCAUCUUACUCAUAAGAGUCUCCAUUGCCGGCGUCUACACUCGGCUUGGUCUUCUGAUGUUGGAGGGAAAAGCCACUCACUUGCAGCAUCAACUUGAAUAACGUUCUACUGCUGCAGUUGAGGAUCACGAAAAUGAGACGUGGGUCGCGUGGGAGCGGAAGGCAUUGCUCAUACUCUGCCCUGCCGGUAUUUAUCUACGUGAAUGCCAGCGAUGACGUGGUGCCGGUACACGCGCAAAAUGAGGAAGAAAUCGUCCCAAAUGGACGGUCUCUCGGAUCGCUGGAGUCUCUUUAUCAGCCUGGAGACGGCCUGCACAUGAGAUUUGGUCAGGGCUAUCAGGAUCCGCUUAGACCUCGAGCGCCGUGGCCCCGAGGCUGAGAGCCUGGACACCGGCGGCGCGGUCGAGAAACAUGUGAAACGCCGCUAGGGGCCAUGCGACCAUCCUGCUGUUUUGCGGUUUGCGAUAGUACUAGUGUUCGCAGCGAAUUUGUAUCCGGCGCCUGCCAUCCAGAUCACGUGUCGGCGGGCAAAAAGCAUAAUAAUACCACCAACAGUAAUGGCGGGGCAACGCGUUCCUUGUGCUUGAUCAAACAACCGUG